AUAAAACUUGGUAUCCCUACGUAAUUUGGUGCGCUGAUUACGAAAAUCAUAGUGAAAAUUGGCGGAAAUUUAAUUAUCAUGGUAAAAACCAUAAAAAACACCAUAAAAUCAUGGUUUUUUACGAUUAUCUCGUAAAAAACAAAAAAUUUCGAAAAAAGUUUUAGACAAAAGUUGUAGAUCUCUAAAAAACACACAUUUCAUGUUUUAUGCAUUUUUUACCAAAAGUCAUUAUUUUUCGAGAAAAACGCAAAAUAGUAAACACGGCCUUCGGCCGCGUAAGGUACUGCUCGCUUUUCUUUUUAAAAAAACCUUGGCGAGAGGGGGUGGAUAUGGCCGAAAGUAUUUUGCAGAAAUUGUGUGGUGGAGUCUACAGCAGCGGUAAACGCAAAAUAGUAAACACGGCCUUCGGCCGCGUAAGGUACUGCUCGCUUUUCUUUUUAAAAAAACCUUGGCGAGAGGGGGUGGAUAUGGCCGAAAGUAUUUUGCAGAAAUUGUGUGGUGGAGUCUACAGCAGCGGUAAACGCAAAAUAGUAAACACGGCCUUCGGCCGCGUAAGGUACUGCUCGCUUUUCUUUUUAAAAAAACCUUGGCGAGAGGGGGUGGAUAUGGCCGAAAGUAUUUUGCGGAAUUCGUUGGAUCCUGAGUAAUGGUGAAUAUGAUACUAUAUGCGAGUCAAAUAAUAUGUCUAACCAUGACUGUUGUAUAGGUUUUCAUUAUCAUGGUGUUUUUGGUUGGAUAUGAUUUCCUAUUUCGCUUGAUUUUAGCGUAUACUUUUAUUUAGAGUGCAGCAAUGGACGAGACCUGGAAUAUUUUCAAAUUGAGUUCAAUUUUGCAAAAUCGCGGAAGAACACUUCAAUGGCUGCGGGAUUUUGAGCUCAUACCAUCCGAAAGGUAUUGUACUAAGCACCAAAAAAAUAUGAAAUUGUACGAGGAUAAAUACCAAUGUGGUCAAUUCGUGUGCCAAAAAAAAAAUAAAUAUAAUCACACUGUGAGUGUUGCAGAGAACACGUGGUUUGAGAAUACCCAUAUUUCUGCAGCAUCUUGCAUUUUGAUGACGUAUUGCUUUGCGAUCAAUUUUAGUUUUGAGCAGACUUUAAGAGAAUCAAGUAUAAUCGAAGGUCAGCAAUUGUCACGAGAGACAGUUGCUGAUCGAUUCUCUUUCUGUCGAGAAAUUUGCAUGGUUGCACUUGAUCAGCAACUGGAAGAAGAGGGAAAAAUUGGAGGCAUCGGUGAAAUAGUUGAAAUCGACGAAUGUAAGAUCGGACGUCGAAAAUAUCAGAGAGGUCGUGUAGUUGAAGGUUCUUGGAACCGCUGGACCAAUCAAAAAAAACAGCCGGCCUCGACACCAGUGCAUCCUCAACGGGAUCAAAUAUAA